AUGUGGCUUGACGCCCACGAUCCUGAUGCUCGCUACAAUCAUCUCUUUCCUUCACCAGCUGCCCGUCUGUCAGGAGCUUACUCGGGUGGCGCUUGGACACGCUACAAGGGCCUCUGGCCUGGAGCAGCGAGCUAUCGCCUCAAAUUCGCAAACGGUUCCUAUACCACGGUCGAUACUUAUGCCGAGUGGCCCGCUGCGAACGGUCCCAUGAUCUACGAGCAUGCGUCGGACUUGUUCACGGCGGCCUGUCUGCCGAAUGCCGCUUCCCCCCUUGGAAUGGAGAGAACUGCCAACGACGCCGUGAACGACGCCGCGAGCGCCGCCAAAACAUACCCCGAGCCUGACAUGGAGCACAGUGAUACUCCCGUCAAGCUAUAUUACUUGCCGAGUGCCCGCUUUCCCGACGUUGCUGUACUUCAAGUGCCAUCUUUCAGGGUGGAUCGUGGUGAUAGCAACUACGUCGCGGCAAUAGAGCAGAUGCUGCAAAACGCGCUAACACACGGAAAGACGAAGUUGAUCAUCGACCUCUCAGACAACAACGGCGGCGAGGUCGAUGUGGGAUUGAACCUAUUCCGUCUACUCUUCCCUGAUCAGGACGUGUACUUAGCAACACGCUUUCGCGCUCACGACUUGGUAGACAUUAUGGGCCAGAUAUUUUCCACGAAUUUCGCCUCCGGAAAAGCGCCGAUCGACCUCACUCUCCUUCCGCACGAUGCUGUUGAUCCAACCACUAAAAAACAUGUCUUCCAGUCAUGGAAUGAGCUGUAUGGCCCUCAUGAGUAUCAAGGCACGAGCAUGUCGCAUUUAUAUGCUCCAUUUGACGUGAACGCCACGUCUACUCUGCGAUCUGCAAUCAGUGGAUGGAAAAGUCCCGCUCUCUUCCAAGCCCGAGACAUGGUCAUGCUCACAAACGGACGCUGCUCCUCGACUUGUGCACUUUUUGCCCAACAAAUGCAAAUCUAUGGCGUACGUACCGUCACCUUUGGCGGCCGUCCUCGUUACGGAUCUGCACAAGCCGUCGGAGGCAACAAGGGCGCGCAGUACUGGUCUGUUUCCACAAUCGGCCAAUACAUCGCUAUGGCACUUGAGAUGGUCAGUAACGCAGCCAAGACUCACCACAAAGCCGAAGAUGAGUAUCUGCUUGCGAAGCUCCAGAACUUGAUGCCCCCUCUACCUGCCAACUUUCCAUUGCGAUUUGACAUGCACGGCAAGAGCGGCAUCAAUUUUCGCAGUUCCUACGACGACGACGAUCAUGAGACACCACGGCAUUUCAGAUAUGAAGCUGCAGACUGCCGACGCUUCUUCACGUUGGAGAAUAUCUUUCACCCCGGCUCCAUAUGGAUGGACACCGCGGAGGCUGUAUAUGGCGAAGGCUACUGCGUGGGAACAUCAGAAAGCAACCAUUCGAUGCAAUUCAGAGAGCAGAUGCCGUUCUCCUCGGCACAUCUUCCAUCAUAA